AAGAAGGAGAAGGGAGCUCACUGUUUGAAGGAGGGGAGACUAAUCGAUAUUCUGGGCAAAAUAAAGGUCACCGUUGGACAGCCAGAUAAGACAAUCAGAGGCGAUCUUCUGAAAGGAUUAUCAAAGGAAAAAAACACAGAUUUAAUGCCAUAAUCAGCCGUAAAUCUUGACGUUAAGUUACUGGAAUAAACGAUGUUAAGUCAACGGUUCACCUCCUGGUCAGGUGAUUUAAGGUGCAGUCUGUGAAGUCUGCUGCCUUGGCUACCUAGAGCGUCAGCGGUUCAGAAAGGGGCAUGGCCCCGGCCCUGACCAAAAUUCUGAAAGAUGGCCAUGGUAUCCACCUGUCCUCUCCUCCUGCUUCUGUCAGAAUGGACUCCGACGGGAGAGCCAUGCGUGCUACUGAGCUGGAGUCUCAGAUGAGAUUGACAGAUGAUGGUGACCUCCAGAAGAUGUGGCUGAACCUGUCUUUGUUUCCCUCUCUGGACUCAUGUCUACCCGGGAGCCCCCUGGACUUCCCUGCCAACCCUGUGCUUUCCUCCUGUCAGCAGGCGUCUGCCAGUCAAUGCGAGACGGUGUUCUUCCCCAGCCCAGCUUCCCUCCUCAGCCUCCUUUCCUUCAAUAAAGGCCUGAGAGAUUCUCAUCAGGUGGCCUGUGUCUUCCCAGGUGUACCAGACAUGUUUUUAGUCCCUGUCCCUGAGCACAAUAGCCAAGAGGCUUGCCUGCUGCAUAUGCACAGGGCUGCUCCUGAAUGUAGGCCAGAUGGUGGUGAUGCGCAUCACUCCUCUCUUACCGUUACCAGUGUUCCUCCUUCAUAUUCCCAUGGGGAGAUAAAGUACCAGGGCUACACGCCCUUCUUUGCACUCCCACCUACAUUGACACAAGAGACAAUGGCUGGAAUGGGCUGCCCUCCUCUAUCUUCAGUACAGCCUUGUAGUGGCAGGGUGAACUCUGACCAGCUGGCACCCACAGCUGUGCUGGAGGAGGCCGUGAAGGAGCAGCUCUCCAGGCAGGCAGGGCUGCAAAGCCGAGCUCAGAGGCUGCAGAGGAGACUGCAAGCCCUGCUAGGGGAGCAUGCCGUGCUUCACUGCAGCCAGCAGCUGGAGGGCCUGAACAGGCACUGUCAACUUGCCAAACCGGACUCCACACAUCCUGGUAUACUGCCUCCCCAUGUGGGCUGCAAAGCCCAGUUGUCUUGGCUUGAGUCGUCCACAGCCUCGUCGUCCUUCACAGAGCUCAGCGAGUUCAGCCGCUCCAGCCAGGCAUUGCUGAGAGGCCUGCAGGAGUCUUUGGACUCCGAGGCCACGGCCAGCAGCAGCUCAGACGAGGAGCAAGGGGAGGAGAAGAGUCUCGGCAAAACCAAGUGUUCUCCUGGCAGUAGCAGCUGUGAGAGGCGUUUGCUGGAAGAGAGAGCAGAACUGGGAAGCAGAUGGAGCUGGUUGCAGCUGCGUCUGGCCGAGCUCGAGAACAGGAUACAACAACUGGUGGAGCUCCACAAGCACAUCCGCUCUACCAAAGGGGGUGUGGUGCUUGCAGAGUCCCAGCCACUGACAGACAGGCGGAUUCAGCACACCCUGCUGAGAGAAGUGGCAGGGUUAUCCUGCACAGCCUCGGAUGCUGACACUGAACCCUGCAGCCCCACGCGCCUUCUGCACAACAUAGAGAGACAGAGUGCUCAGCUCAGCCAGAUUGUCAACAGUCUGAUGCCUCCUCUCGGCUUUUCACCACAGUCUAAACAAACACACACCUGGAAAGGCACGAGAGCCUUCACAAGUGGUCAGAUAGGAGACGAUGUUUCUGCGCCUGGUAGCUCCAAGAGAAGGAGGCCGGGGACCAAGAGGCUCUUCAAAGCUGAUGUGUCGUGUGUGUGUGCCCGGGCCCGACCCUUGGUCACCUACCAUAAGCCCAGGCUGUUCACUUUCAGUACCUACAACUGCAGCAGGCCACAGGACUUGGGGAAGUCCACGUCUGCCCUCUCCUUUUCUCUCUCAUCAUCUUCCUGUUCAUGUUGCACGUCUUGUGAUCCUGUAGUCCUGUGCUCUGAUCCUGACUGCAGCUCCAGUAGGGCCCUGUCCUCCAGGACCCCCAGCGCCACACCUCACUCUGUGCUGUCUCUUUCAUUUGACGCUCCUCUGUCCCACCACUCAAAGAGGGCCCUGGCCAGAGAAGAAUGGUCCCAAAGGCCUUUGGUUAUCAACGUCCCACAAUCCAGUCCAGCACACUACAAGAGACGGAGCUCCACACCACUGCACAGCAGUCACAAAUACAAGCAGCAUGCAAGGCAUCAUAAAAGCAGAGUUAUGGGUCUUUCGCCAGUCGGGAUGGCAGGCUCUGCUCAGAGUCAACACAGGAGAGCUAGUCGGAGGAAAAGGAAGAGAAGACACAUCCACAGGCUGAUAGAAGAUGAGGAAGAUGUCGUGUACCAGCUCUGUGACCCAGAGGACAGUUCUGAUGAAGUGCUGGAGGAGAGCUGCACACAGGUUUCACACAAGCAGGCCUCACAGGGCUUGGUUCGCAAACGGCAGGGAGAGAGCGUGUACAACAUCAACAACAUUGUCAUCCCCAUGUCACUGGCUAAAGUGGAAAAGCUCCAGUACAAAGACAUCCUGACACCCAGUUGGCGGGUGAUUGACGCCUCAUUUCUGAUGAACAGAGAGGUAGAGAAGGAGGAGGACAAUGAGGAGGGGCAGGUGGAGGAUCUCAUUGACGAAGUCUUUGCCCAGAGACACCUGCCCUUAGAGCAGAGAGAGAAAUUGCGCUGGCCAUCCUGGGGAAAGAGAAAAUGCUGCAGACACCCUAAAAGAUCUGGCAGCAGACUGUCAGGCAGUGGGGGCGGGAUGUGCACAUCAGGAGAGGAGAGCUCUGUGGAGUGGAGUUGUGCUCAGCUGGAUACCGAUGAGCAGCAAAGCUCAGAGGAGUGGCUGCCUCAGGCACCCUGGGAGCAACGAGUGUUUCCUUUGGAUGAAGACAAUGAAGAAGCCCUGCUCUCUGAUAACCUGGAACAAGUUCCGUCAGAGUGUAGCUCCUCCACAUCAAAGAACUCCAACCCCCAUGCCUCCCCAGCUCAGACCUCUGGUGCCACACUGCCGUCUGGUGGACGAAGCAAGAGCAGAGCGCCCAAUGGCAGCUGAAAGAGCAGUGCCUUACUUUAUACAUAUCUCCUCCCUUCUGGGACCAUGAGGAGAAAACGUGCCCUGGGAACCUUAAUUGGGAUACUUAAUACAUUCCAUGAAUACAGUGAUUUGAUGUUAUUUGCUUAAUACUUUGAAGCAAGUGUAUUUAGUGAGUAUUGUAACACGUGUCACAAUAUUUUAAACUGACUGCUGUAGCUUCUGCAACAAUUUGAGGAUUUAAUGUACAAUAGGUACUGUGUGUGUGUGUGUGUGUGUGUGUGUGUAUAUCUAUAUAUAGAUAUAUAGAUAUAUAGAUAUAGAUAUACACCAGCAACACCAGCACAUAUCCAGUGUAGUCUCAGGUUUGUAUACUGUUUGUAGUCGUCACAUGCUAUUUAUUUUCACAGUUGUCUUAAAAAGUUGGUGUAGAAAGACUUUAAUACAUACAUAUAUUUAUGUAACUUCUUGAUUUACGUGUGCUUUUUGAUUUUGAUUUCAUGUUUUUUUUUUUCUGUUGUCAUUUUGGUGAAUAUUUUUUAUGAAGAAAGAAAAGUUAUUAGUAAACAUUAA